UUUGUUACCUCCUACUUCAUCUUGAUCUUUUUGUGUUUUUAGUGUAUUUAUGAGCAUCAUUCUUUGUACAAGGCUUUCAUUGCAGCAAUAAAUAGAUAUUGACUAAUCUCGGAUAGUGAACUUAAAAGUCAUUAUGCAGUGAUGUAGUGGUCAUAGAUAUUUCUAGCUAAAAAUACGAUUAGUAUUUUUCUCUUGUUGCUUUGAUACAGACCUUUAAUGUAUGAUAACAUAAAUACAGUUAUUUUUCCCAUUAAUUCAUCGACUAAUCUUAAAGACAAAUAGAGACACAGAAUUGUGUAUGCCUUUAAGGAAGAAUCUCGUAAUAUGCAGUAUAUAAAUGGUUGUUAUUUAUAUUUGUACAAUCAUUUUAUAUGAGCUAUUCUUCGACAACACUAUUUUAAAAUUGAAUGGCAACAUCUUGUAACUGUAGUUCACUAUACAUACUAUGGAGGCAUAUAUUGAAUUAAAAAAAGUUUUAUUUAUUGUUUCUGUAAUUAUUUUAAACUGCAAACCAAAUUAUUGUGAAAAUAAUAUUCUUAAUAAGAAUGCGAAAAUAAUUAUUAUCGGUAGUGGACCCUCUGGCAUUGCAGCUGCAUCAAAGUUGUUCGAAAAUGAAUUUCAUAAUGUAAUGAUUUUAGAAGCUGAAGAUCGUAUAGGUGGUCGUGUUUAUACUACAAAAUUUGGUAAUUACUCUAUUGAUCUUGGUGGACAAUGGGUACAUGGCACGAAAGGUAACAUAGUGUUUGAGCUUGCCAACCCGUAUGGUCUCGUGGAUGUUUCAGAUAAAGAAGAUUCCGGAUUAGAUAUAGUGGGCUUAGAUUCCUCUGGCAAUCAUAUCGACCCUGAACUUGCAAACAAACUGACCGAUUUUUAUUAUGAAUAUGUAGACAGUCUAGAUUCCCGAAAGGAUCCUGCUUCUGAAAGUAUUGGUCAACGUGCCGAAAAAGUAUAUGAUGAGUUUUUCAAAAAUGACUCAUCAGCACUAAAUCAAAAAAGGAAAUUUUUAGACCAUUUAGAGUUGAGUAGGAAUCAAGAAGACUCUGCUUUUUCAUGGUGCGAUGUAUCUGUACCAGGUUUAAGAGAGUAUACCAACCUUGAAGGGGAUCAGUGGGUUAAUUGGAAAGAAAGAGGUUUUUCGACCAUUCUAGACAUUCUUAUGAAACGUUAUCCAAAUCGAGAAAAAGAACAUCCAAUAUUUAAUAACACUUUGCUUAACGUUGAAGUGCUAUCAAUUGAUUAUUUACAAGAUGUAAAAGGUCCAUCUGUUUUGAUCACAACGACAAAAGGUCAAUUGUACAAAGCCGAUCAUGUUAUAGUAACGGUGUCACUAGGAGUUUUAAAAGAAAAAUACAUGUCUUUAUUUAUUCCACCACUCCCAGUUUAUAAAGUCAAUACUAUAAAGGCCUCUGGAUUCGGCGCGAUAGCCAAAAUAUAUUUCAUGUAUGAUGAACCAUUUUGGACUUUGAAAAAUAAUACAAGAAUAUUACAUUUCUCUUUCUUAUGGAACGACGCCGAAAGAAAACAGAUUGAAGCUGAUCCCGAAAAAGAAUGGCUGCUUGGGAUGGCUACAGUAUUGACUGUUGAAAAGAAACCAAAUCUUUUGUCACUCUGGGUUUCCGGAAAAUAUGUCAAACAAAUGGAAGAACUUCCCGAAGAAAAAGUAUUUAACCAUUCAGUGGAAAACAUACAAAGAUUUUUGGGAAAAAAAUACAACGUUACAAAGCCUAUAGCGAUGUUAAGAUCUCGCUGGUACAAUAACCCACAUUUUCGAGGAACUUACUCUUAUCGUAGUGUAGAAGCACAUAGACAAAAAGUCUUUCCAGAAAUGUUAGAGAGACCACUAAAUGAACAAACCUUAAAAGUUUUGUUUGCUGGUGAAGCAACGUCAUCACAUCGCUAUGGCACAGUCGACGGUGCUAUCAGGAGUGGCUGGAAAGCUGCUGAUCGAUUAAUAGAUCAUUACAAGAAGUUAAGUAGAACAUCUGCACCAGUUGCAUAGUAUCAUUUGCAGAUUUUUAUGUUUUGCAGCUACUUACACAAUCUCUCUAAAUGUCAAAGAGUGAAAAAUCACUUCAAUUUUGACUCUAAAGGAGUGAUUUUUUGCUUUUUCAGAUUUAGAGAGAUUACAAAUGCUAAAUGUGAGUGUAUGUAUAUUAUUUUCAAAUAAAAUUAAUUUAUAAUGUUUAUUUUAUAAAAGAAAA